GUCAAAUUGUAUAUGUGGAAAGUUUUUAAAUCCAAUUGUAUACCGAUAAAUUAUAAUAAAAAAAUAUUAAGUUUAAGUAGAUGUAUCAAGAAAAAGUAAACCUACAAAACUAAGAAUUAAAUAGUUGUGCAAGGGUAUUUGAGUGAGGUGGCGUUACCGGCAAAACUGAAGUGAUGGGCAAUGAUACCAGCCGUCUAAAGGGAUUAGUGAUUGAUAAGAGUUCUGUGGAAGCAAACGACUUCUGGACACUAUAUAAUGCAGAAUCCCCAACAACCUCAAAUGAAGAUGGGCGACAACUGCUUUCCAUAUUUCAAGGUGAAGCCGUAGUAAAUGGACAAUUAUGGGUAAUACAGGUGCCAUUGGAACGAGCUAUAAAGAAUUUGAAGAUAUAUCGACAUCCAUAUAUAUUAAAAUAUGUGACUACUUGGGAACAAGGGGGCCAAAAGCACUUAGCUACAGAGAGAGUACGCCCUUUAACUAUGGUAUUAUCCACACAAAGCAAUUUACAAGUUUGCCUUGGAUUACGGACAAUUCUCUGUAGCUUAAUUUUUUUGGUGGAGAAGGCUUUGGGACGCCACCUCAACAUAUGCAUCUCAUCAAUUUACGUCACAGACGAUGGUAGCUGGCGGUUAGCUGGCUUUGAAUAUGUAUGGAAGCAUAAAGAGAUUACAAAAUCAUUAUUAGAUUUAGUGAAAACAUAUCGCUACUCUGCUGCAGUAGAUGCCAAUGAAUAUAAAGACAACAGCAGCGAUGCUAUUGAACAGUUUGCCUUUGCAACAUUAUGUGAAGAAGUAUUGAAUAAAUGCAGCAAGAAGGAGUCCACUGAGACACCACAUGCGCAAGAGUUUCGUAAUUAUUGCGCCACCCACCUAAAACACAGUAAUGUUCAACUGCGGCCGCGCCUCUCGGCAGUGCUAUUACAUCCAUAUUUCAAUCACGAAUUCGUGCUUAUACAUUCCUUCCUAUUCGAAUUGCCUUUAAAGGGUAUACAAGAGAAACAGGAUUUUUUCACUGGACUUAUCGAUCGCUUGCGCUAUUUCAAUGAAGAAGUUGUGGGCGCACAACUAGCUGCAGAUCUACUCUCACGUAUGGUUCUACUUGAUCCAACAGCACAGUUGUGUGUUACACCGUAUGUGUUGAAAACGAAAAUUGACCACUCGGCGGCAUUAUUUUCAAAUCACACAUACCAACGUUACAUCAUGCCACAUAUAAAGAAAAUGUUUCGACUCCGCGAUGCGCAAAUACGUUUAAUAUUACUCGAGUAUUUUAUGGAAUUUGUACGAUUACUAUCAAAAGACGAACUGCUAGAAUGCAUACUACCUUAUUUGUUAGAAGGUAUGAAUGACACGAACGAUGUGUUAGUUGCGAAAACAUUACGUUGUAUGGCCGAUUUAGUACCGAUACUUGGUGCGACCACGGUGAUUGGGGGAAAUCGUACGCGCAUCUUCUCGGAUGGUCGUCCACAAGCAGCCGUUUCCGAUGCCACAACACAUUGGGUGGAACCUCGUUCGAUUACGCCAGUGUUGGGUAACAACAUAGACUACAUGGUAUCGGAUAGUCCAUUACCGGAUCACGUGGAUUUAAGUAGCAGUUUUACUUCACUGCCGCAGGUCGAAUUGAGUGAACACUCGGAUAUGCCACCGCGCUUAAGUCCAGAUGGUGGUGAAGAUAAUAAAAGUGUUGUUAUUGCCGACGGUGCAAUCGGUUUGCUAUCUCAACAACAAGCAGAUGAUCUGGCUAAUGCUAACGAAACGGUAGAGGAGCUAGAAAUUCUAAUCAAUGCUGAUACAGCGGGUUUAAUUAAUCAAAGUCUUAAUCAAAUUAUAAAUGAUAGCGUGGAUAUUUGUCUAAACGAACCAACCGCGAACACAGAUGAUUUUGAAAAAUCAACAAUUAAUGGCUUCCACAGUCGUAACGUUGUUGAAAAUAGCGAUGAGGACGAAAUUGAAGAGUGGUCCGAUUGGGAAACCGAUGAACUACAAAAGCUAAACACAACUACAGACGCUGAUUCGUCGCCUUCUGCGAAUGCAAUGCCAUUACCUUCGCACACAAUUUCGACCACACUGCCUUUAAAUAGUGUUGAAGAUGCAGCGUUACAAACGAAAUCCAAAAUUACUAGCGAAAUCACAAGGGAUAAUAAAUUAGAGCCAAGUAGCAAAGAAGCGCGAAAACUGAAAAUCAACGAUGAUCUCAACGCCUUCGACAUCAUUGUUCAAAAGACAGCGUCAACAACAAAUGAGGAGAGUGCUGAGUUUGACUUCUUUAAAGACAUGCAACCCGUUAUUGAAUCAAGAAGCAGCAAAACAAGGGAAACAGGGGUUUCAACCGCAAAUUCAACUACGAAUACAACGAACUUGCCAAAUAAAAAUGAAAAUGAAGUUAUAGUGAUCGAUAGUAGUCGUUUCGCUGCAGCGGCAAUCAAUACGGAUGAUACAGCUGCCGCUGGUGAUGGCUGGGGAAUGGACGAUGAUGAUGUAGAGGACGUGUGGAAGGAAUAGUAUGAAUGUAUUGCAGUGUAGUAAAUGUAAACGUAAAGUCACUGCCGUACGUCGGCAGUUUACAACAAAGUUAUAAAUUUCAACACAACUUGUUAAAAUUGUUCAUAUGUUAAUUUUGUAUUUAGAUCAAAUAUUAAUGCGCCUGUAUAAAAAAGUGCACCGAUAUAAUUUGUCAGUUUAACAGUUUAACAUAAUUCGUUUUGGCGGUAUUUCCACAAACCGAUUUUAUUGGAAUUUGUAAUAUUGUUUGAAAUUUUACGUAAAAGAUAAAGAUAUUACAUCCACACAUAAAACAUUGUUGUAGAUACCUACAUUUAGUGCAGUAAAGUGAUUCAAAACAAAAAUAUUAUAAAUUUGGAUAAUUAAAAAAAUAUUAACAGAGGCAGUAAA